AACAUGUCAGUCAAAUCGUGUCCUGAAAUCUGAUUGGUGUACGCCGUCUCGUGCUCCGGCAAUCCGUUUGGGUAGGAAUUUAACGUUAAUAAGUGAUGCGACUGUUUGUACGCCGCAUCCCGACCGGACCGUUAUCCACGCUUCACGGAUGUUUAUCGUAAAUAUUGCUUCCAUCUCACGAGGGCUAGCUUAGGCAGCGCUUCCCGUCCGCGGGGCCGGCUUCGCCGCGCUGCUCUCCCCGGUGAACGGCAGCGGUCGGACGGGAGGAUGGCUCUGCGUUGGACCGCUCAUCUGGAUCAGUGUCCGUGUCUAUUAGGAAUUUAAUUAGCUAGCAAGAAAUGAUUUACGGCCUUGUGUGGGAGCGACGAUAACCGCGCCGCGAGGAUUCGGGGUUAUGAUGGAGUCUAGGUAGGUUUAAAGAUUUCUGAUCUCUUUGGCUUCGGGGCUCCCAGGCGCCCAUAUAGGCCACGGUCUAAGUCUCUGAGGAGGGAGAUCUUCAGAGGGCCUCGCAGACCUUCUUCCUCCACCUGCUCCACCUGCCCUUCUCCACCCGCAGCACCAUGUCCAUAGCCAGCAGCAGCCCAGAGAGGGAGAGCUCCGGCGGGGCUCAGCUCCAAUGCCCGUCGUCCCCUCCAGGCCUGGACCCGGACCCUUCCUGCACGGGCAGCCCCAUUAUCAGCCCAGACUCCUCUUCCCAUGAUGCAGUGCUGUCGGCACCAGCAGCCUCUCCAGCAGACUCUGAGAACCUGAGUCCUGACGAACUGGAGCUGCUGGCCAAACUGGAGGAGCAGAACAGGUUACUGGAGGCUGAUUCCAAGUCGAUGCGCUCCAUGAGCGGCUCGCGCCGCAACAGCGGUUCCUCUCUGGUGAGCAGCUCCUCGGCCUCCUCAAACCUGUCCCACCUGGAGGAGGACACCUGGAUCCUGUGGGGCCGCAUCGUCAACGAGUGGGAGGAGUGGAGACGCAAGAAGGACAAGCUUCUCAAGGAGCUGAUCAGGAAGGGCAUCCCCCAUCAUUUCCGUGCCAUCGUCUGGCAGCUGCUGGGCAACGCCACCGACAUGCCGGUGAAGAACCAGUACUCGGAGCUGCUGAAGAUGUCGUCCCCGUGUGAGAAGCUGAUCCGGCGCGACAUCGCGCGGACCUACCCCGAGCACGAGUUCUUCAAAGGCCAGGACAGCCUGGGCCAGGAGGUCCUCUUCAAUGUCAUGAAGGCCUAUUCUCUGGUGGACCGUGAGGUGGGCUACUGCCAGGGGAGCGCCUUCAUCGUCGGCUUGCUUCUAAUGCAGAUGCCAGAAGAGGAAGCCUUUUGUGUGUUUGUGCGCCUCAUGCAGGAGUACCGCCUGAGGGAGCUCUUCAAGCCCAGCAUGGCGGAGCUCGGCCUCUGCAUCUACCAGUUCGAGUACAUGCUGCAGGAGCAGCUUCCAGAGCUCAACGUCCAUUUCCGCUCCCAGAGUUUCCACACAUCCAUGUAUGCUUCGUCCUGGUUCCUCACUCUUUUUCUGACCUUCCUCCCUUUACCUGUGGCCACGCGCAUUUUUGAUAUCUUCAUGUAUGAGGGCCUGGAGAUCAUCUUCCGUGUGGGCCUGGCCAUCCUGCAGUACAACCAGACCGACCUCAUUCAGCUGGACAUGGAGGGCAUGUCGCAGCACUUCCAGAAGGUGAUCCCUCACCAGUUCGACAGCUGUCCCGACAAGCUGAUCCUCAGAGCCUACCAGGUCAAAUACAACCCCAAGAGGAUGAAGAAACUGGAGAAGGAAUACACCACCAUCAAGAACAAAGAGAUGGAAGAACAAAUUGAGAUUAAGAGGUUACGCACAGAAAACCGGCUGCUGAAGCAGAGGAUCGAGACGUUGGAGAAGGAGAGUGCCGCUCUGGCGGACAGGCUGAUUCAGGGUCAGGUGACGAGAGCUCAGGAAGCGGAGGAGAACUAUGUGAUAAAGCGGGAGCUGGCGGUGGUCCGGCAGCAGUGCAGCGCGGCCAGCGAGAACCUGGAGAAAGCUCAGGACACCAUCAGGGAGCUGCAGCAGCAGCAGUACACAGAGGAGUUUGUCAGCAACCUGCAGACGCAGCUGGAGCAGUCGCGGCUGCACGAGGCCGAACUGCUGGGAGCGCUGAAGGAAAUGCAGGACAAGGUGCUGGACCUGGAGAAGAGGAGCAGCUGUCUGCCCGACGAGAGCAACAUGGCAGCCCUGCAGGAGGAGGUGAAGCAGAUGAAGCUGAAGGAGCUGGAGAUGCUGCGCUCCUUCAGGGAGAUGCAGGACAGCGUCACAGACCUCAACCAGCGCUGGCAGCAUCACAUGUCCCGCAGCAGCAGCACCGGAGGCGGCGGCGGCCCCUGGAAGGAGUCCCCGAAGAAGAACGCCAUGAACGAGCUGCAGGACAAGCUGAUGACGAUCAGGCUGAGGGAGGCGCAGGCUCAGGCGGAGCUCCGAGAGGUCAAACUCAAAGCUCUGCAGUUGGAGAGCCAGAACCAGAUCCACAGCAAACUGAUCGGUCGCAACGAUCAGGAGCGCUCGGCUCUGCAGGACCGGCUGCAGAUGAUGGCCAAUCAGAACAAAGCUCUGCAGACCCAGCUGAGUGAGAUGAAGAGGAAGCAGGCUGAGUUGGACUGUAAGAGUAAAGAGGAGGUGAUGGCGGUGCGGCUGAGGGAGGCAGACAGCAUGACCGUCAUGGCUGAGCUCCGGCAGAGGGUCGCUGAACUGGAGAUCCAGAAGGAGGAAGGACGGAUUAAGGGCCAGCUCAACCACUCAGACUCCAGGCAGUACAUCACCCAGCUCCGGGACCAGAUUGCUGAGCUGAAGAACGAGGUCAGGCAGUUACGAGGGCAGAAGGCGGCGCCCGGCGGAGGAGGGAACUUCGACCUGUGCUUGACCAGCCCCGCCUCCGCUGAAGGCGACUUCAUCAGCUCGGAUGAGGACCUGCUCCCCAGCCCCCUGCCCGCCACCGCCCUGUACCCCGCCCUGACCGGCUCCUGUCACCCGCCCCCCCACCUGGACAGCGAGGGCAGCACCGACAGCGAGGCGGAGGAGCGGGCGCAGAGUCGUCCGGACGCGCCGCAGCUCUACGGCGCCAUCGUUUGCGCCGAAGGUCUGGAUAACUGAGGUUUACUUUGUAAAAUCUGUUUCCAGGUGAGACUCCAGCGGACUGAAGAGCCACAGCUGCUCGUUUUGACUAGUUAGCUCCUCCUCCUGUUUACCGUCAUGCAGACGUGGACCUCCUCCGAUCUUCUGCCCCCAACCCACAAAAAAAACCAACACAUUCCUCUUGUUUGUGUGCCAGAAACAACACAUCAGAAUCAUAUCCCUCCAAUAUGAACAUGUGACCCACGUUUAAGAAAGAACUGAUCCAGAUCUGCCCCCCCUGGACCUGAAACCGGAGCGCUUUCAAGGAGUGACAGACGGGCAUCACACCGCCCUGAAAGACCUCCCGCCACAACAUUCAGUGUUAAAUUCAUCCUCCUGUCCCUCAGUGGGGAGAAUAAGCUCCGCCCUCUUUGCCUUGGAGAAAAAAACCAACACGCCAGUGGAGCAACAUCUGCAUCCAGCUGUGUGGACGUCACAAGAUGGCCUUCGUGGACCAACCACGAACAUGUGGAAGAGUUGGGUUGGUAGGCUUUCAGAAGAAGGUAAAUGUUGCCAAAUCUUGUCUUUCGUUCCUCAAUUAUUUAUGUUUUGUGUUUUAUUUUGAUACGAUGGAACAUUUUUAUAAAUCCACAUGAAGUUAGAGGUUUAGAAAAACCAACAGAGGCCAAAAUAUUCUGUCCUUUGUGCCAACGAGUCACUGAGUGUUACAGACCAGAAAAUGUGCUGCUAUGAUUUUCCCCUUCUGCAUUUUAGUGGGUUUUUCCUGAGGAGAACACUUCAGAAUUCCCGCCCUUCUUAUCAUUUUCUCGAUCACUUUGACUCUCUCUCACAUUUUAAUGAGAAAUCGGUGGAGAAUUUUCCGCUUUUCACUGCUACUAAAAUGGAAAGACGGAUUGUCAGGGAAGCUACGGCGUUAGCUUGGCUAAACUAAAUUUGUUCUCUGGUUUUUGUAAAACUGUUUUGUUAACCUAAAAACAAAAUAUGGAUAAUAACCAAAAACAGUUGGUUGCUUCCUUAGCAUCUGUUAGCUUGUAUUUGCUGGCAAGCUAAUUUAAAUUAAUCAAUUAAUUAUACUAAACAAAAUGUCUGAGGUUUUUUGCUGUAUUUCCUCAAAGGUUAAUGUAUUUUUAUCUUUUGGGUAUUUUUAUUAUCUUCACACAAAAAAAUGUUUUGUUUUUUUUCUCGUACUUGGUUUUUGCACAAUCUAGUUAGUUUCUGUUUCCUGUCAGAUUUAAGGCUAAAUCCUUUUCGGAUUUUAGCUUAACAUCCAGUUUUUCAGUUAUAAAAAGGCAAAGAAAGAAAAAUAAAACCAAACAUGCCAACAGAACCAAUGACUGUAUAUGGGAGCUGGACUGAGUGGCUCCGCCCUCCAGGUGUUACAAACAGGAAGGACCCGCUGGCUCCAAGGAGCCAAAAUCCCAUCUAGAGAAACAAACAGCUGUUACCGGGUCAUUCUUUUGGUCAGAAUGACCAUUCUUUCUUUUUCCUCAUUUUUCUGUAGUUUGCAGUUGCAAACUGACCAAUCAGAUGCCUCGAUUAAAAGUAGGUGGAGCCUGCUGGCCCCCAGGCUAAACAUUUGACAUUAGCCAUGUAGACCGCCUUUAAGUUUGAGGGGUGUGGCCGUCCAACAAGCUCACUCCUGAUUGGCAAGAGUGGUUGCCAUGGAAACAUUGACGAACUGGGCGUUGCCUACAGGCUCCGACAAGGUGACCGGUUGGUGACAGAAUCGACUUAAUUUUGUAUGAAGUAAAGCACGAGUUACGUCACACUAACUCAGUCCAGUUCUCGGAUACAGUCAAUGGUUGGAACUAAUAGUUAUUGU